GGAACACACCUCGGUGCCAUUGCGUCAAUUGGCCUGACUCUGCUAUCGGUCUCUGCAUCGCUUUACCUUGUGGAUAGACCGUGCUUCAUGGUGUCUGGCAAAACAUUUGCUUAUACUUCCAUACCUUUCUGCUGAAAAGGGAACCAAACAAGAAUCAAGAUACUCGACUUCCCUGCGCCAAACAGCUUCUCACAUUGAAACGUCUUGAUCAAUAUGCAGUUCCACCUAACUAAAAGGGUCUUUCGGGCCAUCUUGAAUAAUGAGCCUCUUUCAUCAUCAUGCUGUCACUAUCGCUUCCUGCAUACUGCUCGUUGCCAUCGAUCCCGCAAACUAGGUCCUCUCUGUUCAUACCAUGUCCAGCGACGCGGGCUCUUCGCCUUUGCGGCCCCAACUGCCGAACCUCAGCCUGCGAUCUUGCCCUCUGAAACUGGAUUGAAGCCAAUGCGAGACUUGUUGAGAUCACUCAGUGACCAGAGCAGAGGCCCCGCCAACGGAAUCCUGGCAAAAGCUUUCCAGGACUUUGUCGUUGCCCGCGCGGAAACUCCUGGAAUCAUUACGAACUACCAUGCGAAGUUGCUUGUUACCACCUGGAAGUAUCUCAGAGCCCGCGAGGGGGAACUGGAACGCAUGGAAUGGCAGAAGGUCUUUUCAACCGAGAACCUCGAGAAUCUUCUCUACGUCUUAUCGGAAGCAAAAUGUUUGCCAGAGGCGCACGAAACCGUGCGAAAGAUGGCUCGGCUAGCCUUCUUGGAGCUCUGUGCAGACCAUGGAUUUGGGAACAAUCACAUCAGCCGUCCUGCCCUCCUAUCUUACAUCUAUAUCCAGGCUAUGCUUGGUAACCCGGAUGAAGCGCGGCAUGUGGUCGAGAACUUCUGGAACCGACUGAGCAAGACCAGCCCUUCCCCUUGGCUCACAGUCAUGAAAGGCUAUGCCAUCAUCAACGACAGGAAUCAACUCAGGCGUACCACGGAAAAGCUGAACGAGCACGGCAUUGUGUUUGAUCGAACUGCCCAUGAAGAGCUGGUCAACAUCCUCGUUGAGCAGGAUCUUCUAGCGGCAUUAAAAAUGGUAUAUGAGAGUCUCUCGCCUUCCGGAGAAGAACCUUCUGUCCUCGCCAAGGAAGCCGUCAUUCGCUAUGCGAUCAUGAAGGCCGAGACAGCUUGGGCAACUUCUAUCUUUGAGUCGCUUUCGCACGCGCCAGUUGCGGAGACCAUAGGUAUCACGCUUCUCUGGGAAGCUGUCCAAACCAAGAGUGCUGCUGCCGUCCAGGAGAAGGCCAGAAUAUUGACGGCCGGUAACCAAGAAGUCAGCGAAUCACUCACCAUCACAUGCGUGAACGAUCUGAUGGAAUACGCCAAUUCCAUCAAGAAUCCCGAAUUGGCCACAGAGUUCGCAUCUCUGGCCUCCCAGUGGGGCCUGGAACCGGACCUACAAACUUACCUACUGCGACUGGAAGCGUACAUUCUAGCAGGGGAUGUGAAGACUGCAUUGAGCUCCAUGGAAGACCUGCACGACCCAGAGACCAUCAUGCUUGAGAACUUGCCAUUGAUGAACAAGCUGAUCACCGUCCUCUGCUUUUCAAGUCAGGAGGAUGCCGUGGUUGAGAAAGUGGGCUCCCUCACUGAUCCGUUGUUCGAAAAUAACGUGCGGUUGGAGGCAGACACUCUGGCAGCGUUGACGCACAUGCUAUUGUACCGUCGUGAGUGGGAGGCUGUCUCCGAGCUCCUUCGUCCCCGUCUGGGGCUCUACGACUCAGAAGAAAGAACCAAAGUCCGCAAUACUCUCACCAACUUCAUCACUGACCUGACCCAAGAAACCGAUGACGCUUGGGAAAUGUACAACCUACUUCAACUCGCGUUUCCCGAAUCCGGCGUCAGCCUGCGAACCGAGAUCAUGACCUCAUUCUUCAAGCGAGACCGUAGCGACCUCGCCUUCCUAGUCUUCGGACACAUGCGACAAGCAGAAGAUUUCGCACGGCGACCCAAACCCGACACCUAUGCGCGAUGCUUCCAAGGCCUCGCGCGAACUCAGGACGCCAAGAACCUCGAACUCGUCCACAACAUGCUUAAGCUCGACGUGGAAGUGGACCUCAACACGCGUCUUCUGAACGGCCUCAUGCUCGCAUACGCCGCCUGCGAUAUGCCCGAAAAAGCGCUGGACGUAUUCCGCGACAUCCUGCAAUCGGACGAAGGCCCCUCCCACAAAACCAUCACCAUCUUCUUCAAGACGUGCGAAAAACACCACAACGGAAUCCAGGAGGCCAUGCGAAUGAUGAGCAAGGUCAAGCGCCUCGAAAUCACCGUUGAUCGCCAACUAUACAUGGCAUACGUUGAGGCCCUGGCCGCACAGUGCGAGUUUGACCUCGCCACUGAAGCGCUGGACAAGAUGCAGGCUGAAACUGGAUACCUACCGACCCGCAACUCGAUCGGAUUACUCUACAAUGCCAUCCCGUAUCAGUACUGGAAGGAUGAAGUUGAGAAGUGGGCCAAGGAUAAAUACCCCGAUCUGUGGGCGCAGUUGGAACAGAUCGAGCGGACCGAGUAUGAAGAGGGGCCGAAGUUCAACAUCAAGGACAAUGAGGUUGUCGUCUAGUAUUUAGUUGCGUGUAAUUUAGGCUGGUGACAGAUGUACUUUACUUUACUACGCAUAUAGCAUUGUAUGAGCCUGCAGCGUUACAUAUCAUUGAUGUCGAAUAUACUCUUUCC